UGACUGUAAUAAGUGAAAGGUAAUCAGAUUGUCGGAAACAUCAGCAGAGUAAUAAAAAAGUAUCCAAGACCGAUCGAGAGCAAAAAAACUUGUUAGUCUCUGGAAGAUGAAAAACAGAGAGGAAUCAUCUGGCUCUUCAGGAUCAACAACGAACAACCCUAACGGUGAACACGAACCACCUCGAGAGAUCAACAUCCGACCAUUCUCUUCUGUUCCUUCUUCUCCUCGCAACGCUUCCUCUAAAUACGAUUUCGUCAAGGUGAAGGUAUGGCUUGGAGAUGCAGAUCACUACUAUGUUCUGUCUCGUUUCUUAGUCUGUAGAAUGCUAACUGUUACUAAGAUUCCAAAUCAUGUGGCUGUGAAGAUUGCUCUUGAGCUCAAGAAGCUUCUGAUUGACAACAGUCUUCUAGAUGUGUCUCAGAAAGAUUUGGAAACCAGUUUGUUUAUGCUUAUGGAGCGACGUGGUUACGGGAAGGAGUACGUUAAUCGCUACAAUAUGAUGACCAAAUUUCAUCAUCAGAGAGUACCACUGGUGAUACUAGUAUGCGGAACAGCAUGUGUUGGGAAGUCAACAAUAGCCACACAACUUGCUCAGAGACUCAACUUGCCUAACGUCUUACAUACUGAUAUGGUGUAUGAACUGCUACGUACAGCAACUGAUGCUCCUUUGACAUCAACCCCUGUAUGGACUCGUGAGUUCGCAUCAUCAGAGGAGCUCAUAGCUGAGUUCUGUAGAGAAUGCAGAAUUGUUCGUAAAGGACUUGCUGGUGAUUUGAAGAAAGCAAUGAAAGAUGGGAAACCCAUUAUCAUUGAGGGAAGACAUUUAGAUCCAAGCAUAUACUUAAUGACAGAUGAGAACAAAUCUCCAUCAAAUGAUCCCGACAAGAGUAGCAGCAAAGAAACAAACUCUUCAGGAGAUGUAACCUCCCCCGAGGAGGCGGGUUCUUCAAACACUAAAGAAACCGAAGAUGAUAGUGCUACAGAAGAACCUCAUUCUCAGGUUGAAGCCAUGACGACAUCUGUGGAAGAAGAACUGUCUGAAAAAGUUACACACAGUAAAAUCGAUGCAGAAACAGUAAAAGAAACUGAAGAGAGGAUGAAACCUGUAGAUGGAAGUGGAAAGGCGAAAUCAGGUCCUGAGCCCAUAGUCAUAUCUAUUGUGUUAAAGAUGGCUGAGUUUGAUCAUAAGGCUUUGCUAGAGGAGUGGAUAUCUUCGCGUACAUGUGGAGAUAAAUAUACAUCUAAGGAGAAAGAGAGACUAAUAACAAACCUAAAGACAAUUGAAGACUACCUUUGCUCCUUCAAUUCACAGGGAGUGACUGUUGUUAAUAUAUCAGCCACCACUUUCCCACAGACGCUGGAUUGGCUUCACAACUAUCUUCUUCAGCGUAUUGAGGAAGGGAUUCGAUCGUCAGAGAAUGAGACUCCCGCCAAAGAAGUAGUGUUGAAGAAGUCAGGAUGAAAGCUUGAUUGUCGCUUGUAUAAUCUGAAACAGGAAAUGAGUUUAAUUAUAAAAACAAUUGAGUUUAGAACUCUCUAAAUGUAUCAACAUGUCCUCGCUUCUGAAAGGACUUUUUGUCUUAAAUCUUUAAUUACUACUUCCGUGGCAGUGAUGACCUGAUCUACGGGAAAAAAAGCCUUUUGUGUUUAUGAUCACAUUCACAUGAAUGAUU